CCAAGGGACCCACAGAAUACUUGUCUUUCGGCCGCACAGUUUGUCGUCUCUCACGUCCACAUCCACUGGAUGUGUAUUUUAGCAUUUCUUCCUAGACGUUUUCUAACAUGCGCAUUUGGUUCCUAUCCGUCAUCCACUCCACACAGCAAACAUACAAGCCUCUGUGUCUUAUUGCAGUGAGAUUUAUCAUUUUAUCGUUUACUUUCUGUAUUCCUUUUUCUUCAGUGAUUAUAAAAACAAAAUCGUCUCUUUUCUUAUGAACUUGAUAAUGAGUUGAACAGCAGAAAAAGAGAAAAAGAAGGGAUCUUUGGAGUGUGAAAAAGAUUAAGAAAAGAAUAAAAGAUUAAAAUCUUUGUUGGGUUUUUUUAAAUCUUGGUUUGUGAUAUGAAUUGUGGGUUUUCGAGUUGUUCUUCAAAAGGAUCUGUUUUAAGCUUUUCGGUAUUGUUUUUGAGUCUUUAAAGUUGGGGAAAUGGCUAGAAGCAAUGAAGUCAACCUGAAUGAGUGCAAGAUGGUGGUUCCCCUAAAUACAUGGGUCCUCAUCUCCAAUUUUAAGUUGGCUUACAAUCUUCUUCGUCGACCUGAUGGCACUUUCAAUCGUCACUUGGCAGAGUUUCUUGAUCGGAAAGUCCCUGCUAAUGCAAAUCCAGUUGAUGGGGUUUUCUCUUUUGAUGUUGUCAUUGAUCGUGGUACGAGCCUCCUUAGUCGGAUUUAUAGACCAGCAAAUGCUGAAGAGCCUCAACCCAACAUUGUUGAACUUGAGAAGCCUGUUACAGCUGAGGUUGUUCCUGUUAUAAUUUUCUUUCAUGGUGGAAGCUUUGCACAUUCAUCGGCAAAUAGUGCUAUAUAUGACACUUUAUGUCGCCGAUUGGUAGGUAUCUGUAAGGCUGUUGUGAUCUCUGUCAAUUAUCGCCGUGCACCUGAAAAUAGAUAUCCAUGUGCUUAUGAUGAUGGGUGGACUGCUCUUAAGUGGGUUAACUCUAGAUCAUGGCUUCAAAGUCAGAAAGAUUCAAAGGUUCAUAUAUAUUUGGCUGGGGAUAGCUCUGGUGGUAACAUUGCACACCAUGUUGCAGCACGAGCCAUAGAAUCAGGAAUUGAUGUAUUGGGAAAUAUAUUGCUCAAUCCAAUGUUUGGUGGACAAGAAAGAACUGAAUCUGAAAAGAGUUUAGAUGGGAAAUAUUUUGUUACUCUACUAGACCGUGACUGGUACUGGAGAGCUUUUCUACCUGAAGGAGAAGACAGAGACCAUCCUGCAUGUAAUCCAUUUGGUCCUAAUGGUAGAAGUCUUGAAGGAAUCAAAUUUCCGAAGAGUCUAGUUGUGAUUGCUGGUUUGGACCUUAUUCAGGAUUGGCAAUUGGCUUAUGUUGAAGGGCUCAAAAAGGCUGGCAAAGAGGUUAAACUUUUAUAUCUGGAACAGGCAACGAUUGGUUUCUAUUUGUUGCCGAAUAACAAUCACUUCCAUACGGUUAUGGGAGAAAUAAGUAAAUUUGUGAGUUCUGACUGAUAGAAUUAACUUUACCUACAGGCAGCCUUAAAUGACAGGAGCUUGGCAUUCCACUUGCAGUCAUUAACAAGUUUGCAGUUUUGAUUGUGUAGUGUAUUACUACUUACUCUGGUAUUAGUACCGCAAUAUUGCUAGUUGGCUCUCUCGGGCUCUGCUUGAUUAAGCUCUUUUGGGUGUUAGAGCUUUUUGACUAUGUUUAGCAGGCCACUAAAUUUAAGAGUUACAGAUUCUGGCUUCUUGCCACUAAGGAGAAGAAGACAGGAAUAUAUGGAUAAUAUAUGGUACCUGAUGAAGGGGUCGGUGCCUGACUAAUGUUAUAUAAGGUAGUUUUAGAACAUAGAUUAGAAAGGUUCUAUGGUGUUGUUAUCCUGUAUGUUUAUACAUAUGUGUUUGUAUAUAUAAAGAUGUUUGCUUAAAUCGAACUCCUCGGUUGUCUUUUAGUUUUUUCCCCACCCUUUUAAAUUUGGGUAUUCUGUUCGCUAUAUUCUUGUUUGACACCCGACUUGGCAAGUGUAAAUACAACUAUGUUUAUAAGAUUGAGAGUUUAUGAGUUAAAAGAUUUAUAGCUUAUGAUGCCUCUUGUUUAUAUUUUGUCAUAAACAUGCAAACUUAUGCAGGUAGAGAGUCUUCAACUGUUGAUUCUGGUUUCCUGAAACCUUCUGAUAGCAAGAAUUUUCUUCCUGGAUUUGUAGUUUUAAACCUAAAAAGACAAGAAUAAACUCCCAACCUUAUCUUUCAAGUUAAAACAAUGGGGCAGUGCAGAUUCCAUGAUAGUGAAUUUUUGUUUGCUUGUUGGGGUAAAGGAUCAGACUGUGGUUGGUGAGCUACAUGCUUCUUCAUGGGAUGUGUAUGUUCUACUCAGGGUUGCACAAACAAUGACU